AUGCACUGCUAUAGGGACUUGGUCAACUAUCUCAGCUGUGGGAUGAUCCUGGCAGGACUCUGGCACUUGGUCCAUCACAGGACAACGCAGACCUCCUAUGGGCGCCACAUGAGGCUCUCUUCUCCGGCUAGGAUGGUCCCAGCCAGACUAGCCUGGUUCCUCCAGGAGAUGCCAGCUCUCCUGAUCCCCCUGCUUUUAAUGCUCACCUCGCACAAACCCUCCAGUGUGGGGAAGUACCUGCUGCUUGGGACCUUUUGCAUGCACUACUUUCAAAGGACAUUUGUCUAUUCACUACUGACCAGAGGAAGGCCUUACCCACUGGGUGUGAUGGUGGCAGCAGGUUUAUUCUGCUCUGUAAAUGGAUUCCUACAGGGACACUACCUGCUGCACUGUGCCCAGUUUCACGAUGAAUGGUCAGCAGGCUAUCGCUAUAAAACUGGUUUACUGCUGUUUUACAUUGGAAUGGCCAUCAAUAUACAUAGUGACUAUAUUCUACACAGCCUGAGGAAACCAGGGGAAGUCGUUUACAAGAUUCCUAAAGGAGGUCUGUUUGAACACGUGUCUGGUGCCAACUACUUAGGAGAGAUAGUGGAGUGGUUUGGCUAUGCUGUAGCCACCGGGUCCCUUUCAGCACUCUCGUUUGCUGUGUUUAGCCUGUGUUUUAUUGGACCAAGAGCCUUACACCAUCACAGGUUUUACCAAGAGAAAUUCAAAGACUAUCCCAAGUUACGAAAGGCUUUGGUUCCAUUCUUCUUCUGA